UAUGCUAUUCGCGGGAGACAACUGAAACUGAAAACUUUUCUCUGUAAAUUUUCCGAGAAAAUUUGAGCCUUGGAAAAUCGUUUAAGUGAAUCUAUAUUUAUAUAUUUAUUUACUUCUGGUUCUUUGAAUUUUUAGUCCACUGAAAAGAUGGAAGAAGAAGAUUUCAUAGUAAACCAAAGCUUCCCUCUUUUUAAACCCUCCAAAAACCCUAAACCUCUCCCGGAACCCACCGCCGCCCUUGACUCUCACAAUUCCAAUGCAGAGCCGCACUUUGAGAGGUCGACAAACGCCGAUCCUAUUCCCACUACCACCACUUUCAAGGAUCUCGGGCUCACGGAAUGGGCCGUGGAGACCUGCAAUGAGCUCGGGAUGAAGAAGCCCACGCCGGUCCAAGCUCAUUGCAUUCCGAAGAUCCUCGCCGGCCGGGAUGUGCUGGGACUGGCCCAGACCGGUAGUGGUAAGACGGCGGCUUUCGCUCUACCGAUUAUGCAUCGGUUGACGGAGGACCCCUUUGGGGUGUUCGCGCUGGUGGUGACUCCGACGAGGGAGCUGGCGUACCAGUUGGCUGAGCAGUUUCGGGCACUGGGUUCGGCCGUACACUUGCGUUGCUCUGUCAUUGUUGGAGGGACGGAUAUGCUUACGCAGAUGAAGAACUUGGUUGCGAGGCCUCAUGUCGUGAUUGCGACUCCGGGUAGAAUUAAGGUCUUGCUCGAGAAUUCUGAGAUUCCUCCUGUCUUCUCCAAUACUAAGUUUCUGGUUUUGGAUGAAGCAGAUAGGGUUUUAGAUGUUGGUUUUGAAGAGGAGUUGAGAAUGGUGUUUCAGUGCAUGCCAAAGAAUCGUCAAACUUUAUUGUUCUCUGCAACAAUGACUGAAAACCUGCAGACGCUGCUGGAGCUUUCUGCGAAUAAGGCAUACUUUUAUGAGGAAUAUCAAGGGUUUAAGACAGUUGAUACUCUCAAGCAGCACUAUCUUCUUGUACCGAAUGAUGUCAAGGAUGUAUAUCUGGUCCAUAUUUUGUCUAAAAUGGAAGAUAUGGGUGUUCGGUCGGCCAUGGUAUUUGUCUCGACUUGCAGAAGUUGUCACCUAUUGAGUUUGUUACUGGAGGAGCUUGAGCAAACAGCUGUGGCAAUGCAUUCAUUCAAUUCUCAACCCCUCAGGCUCUCUGCAUUACACCGCUUCAAAUCUGGAAGGGUUCCCAUAUUGCUUGCAACUGAUGUUGCCAGUCGCGGUUUGGAUAUUCCCACAGUUGAUCUUGUUAUCAACUAUGAUAUUCCAAGGUUUCCAAGAGAUUACAUUCACCGUGUCGGGCGUACAGCAAGGGCAGGCAGAGGAGGCUUGGCUAUCAGCUUUGUUACCCAGACUGAUGUAGACCUCGUUCAUGGAAUAGAAGCUGAUAUUGGGAAACAAUUGGAAAAGUUUGAAUGCAAAGAGCAUGAGGUGCUUGCUGACAUAAAAAAGAUUUACAGUGCCAGGCGAGUGGCAAUAAUGAAAAUGAGGGAUGAUGGCUUUGAAGAGAAAGCCAAAGACCGGAAAAAGCAGAAGCUAAAGACACUAGCAGAGAAAGGAUUAUUGGAUAAGAGAAGUAGAAGGAGAAAAAGACAGAAAAGAACAGCUGAACAAUAGGAUGAUUACUACUUUCUCUGUAAAGUGCCUCUGUCAUCAGUGUAAUUUUUGUUUAGCUGGUUUUGAUCAGCAAGAGAGAAGAGAAAAGGAAUAGUUUUGUUUAUCAUUUUUUUUCUUUAAAUUUAACCCGAGAAAAUUACAUUGUAUUAUAGACCAACUAUUCAUCAUAGGAAAAUCAUCAAUUUUGAGUUCAGUACGAAUUUCUUUGAACUA